AGCAGUAAACAUGGCGGAGGAACUGCUGGAAACAGUGGACAGACUUCAGUCCCGGCUACUGGAGAACCCGGAGCCCCGAAAGCUACUAAAGACCCUCAAACGACUGGGGGAACUUCCCAUGACUGUGGAUAUACUGGUGGAAACUGGCGUGGGGAAAACUGUGAACUCUUUCAGGAAACAUGAAGUAGCUGGAGAGGUAGUGAAAAGCCUCGUAGCCAAAUGGAAGAAACUGGUUCCUCAGUCUGCAGACAGACCCAACAGCCACGCCAAAGAGGCCUCCCGGUCACACACACACUCUCGAGGUCCAGAGGCUGGUGUUGGAGGAGGCAACAGACACACCCGGGAGCCCUCCCCCGAGGAGGAGCCCUCCUACAUGGAAGAGGAGGAGGAAGAGGAGAUGGAGGAGAGAGGCUACCACACCAACUACUCGCCCUCGCCUCCUCAACACGAGCAUUACAGCCCCCCACAGCGAGGAGGAUACCAGUCAGACGAGUACGAGAGCCCUGAGCCUGAGCCCGAGCCCGAGCCCGAACCCGAGCCCGAGCCCAGUCCUCCUCCUCCUCCUCCUCGCAAAGAAGUCCGCCACACCAAACCAAACAGAGAGCCCAGCAAGAACCAUCACCACAGUGAGCGGAACAGGGACCGGGACGAGGAACGACGGCAACGCCACGCACAGACGAGCAGCGAUCGAGGAGGAGGAGGAGGAGGAAGAGAGGGCAGUGAAGGAAAGAGACGUGCUGCAGACAGAGAGAGACAACAGAGCCCGGUACAGAAACCCGCCAAACACAGCAGGAAGUCCAACAUACAAGAGAGCAAGAGGGAAGAGAAGAAGAGAGGAGGAGAUGAUGGGCGACCACGAGCGCCGAAGGACUCUCCAUCCAAGGAGGAGGAAGAGGACUUUGAGACCCCCACCAUGUCCUUUGAGUCCUUCCUCACGUAUGACGCCCCAACAUCUGUAAAGAAGAAGAAGAAGCCAUCGUCGUCGUCCUCGUCAUCACACAGUCGGCCGUCUCACUCAUCAUCCUCCAUGUCGUCUUCCCAUCAUACACGCACCCCUCCGCCGCCUGUGACCUCCUCCUCCUCCUCCUCAUCUUCCUCCAAAGUGAGCAAGGCGAACGGCACUCAAAGCACCAAGAGGCCACAUUCAAGCUCCAGUUCAUCGGCUGCUGCACCAACACCGGAAAAACGCAAGAGGGUGGUUGAGGCCGUUCCAACUCUGCCUGAAAUCCCUCUGCCAGCAAUUCAACCCAAUUACAGACCUCUGCCCUCCAUCGAUGUCACACCGCUGUCCCCACAGAGACGUAAAGUUCCUGUCUACAACGACGAGGAGGACGCCGGGUUCACAGGGAAGCGGUUCAACUCCAAGAUGGUGGUCUACUCAGGAUCCAAGACCUCUUACUUGCCCAAAAUGAUGACCCUGUACGAGCAGUGCAUCCGUGUGCUGCAGAACAACAUUGAUUCCAUUGCUGAGGUGGGGGGCGUUCCGUUUGACAUCCUGGAACCGGUUCUGGAGCGAUGCACGCCAGAGCAGCUGUACCGCAUUGAGCAGAGCAACCAGUGUUUUACGGAGGACUCUGAUGAGCUGUGGAUGCGUCACUGUCACCGGGACUUCAAGCGUGAGUCUCCGCAGGAGUACGAGUCGUGGAGGGAAAUGUACCUGAGGCUGCACGACGAGCGUGAGGAGCGACUGAGGUUGCUCACGCAGAACAUCACCUCGGCCCACGCCAACAAACCCAAAGGACGGCAGGUGAAGAUGGCGUAUGUAAAUUCUGCCGCCAAGCCGCCGCGUGACGUUCGCCGCCGUCAGGAGAGGUUCGGCACCACCAGUGGUCUGUCCACAGCCGCCUCCAACGCAGCUGCAGCUCCCAUUAAAAUAAGACCAGCUAACACAGAGUAUUCUGGUGAAUCCAGUCGCUCCUCUUCCUCCCAACACAACACUCCUCCCAGCUCGUCCCGCUCUUCAGCACCGAGUGGAGGAGGAGCAGCAGGAGGAGGAGGAGGAGGAGGAGGAGGAGGAGGACACGUCACCCGGGACAAGCCACAGGUCAAAAAAAUCGCCCCCAUGAUGGCCAAAACUAUCAAAGCGUUCAAGAACAGAUUCUCCCGCCGAUAGUGUGAAAGAGAUUGAAUGUAUUUUAUGAAUUCCAACUGUGUUUUUAAUUUAAGUUUGGUAAAAUUUUACUGCACACACACACACAAACAUACACACACACAUACAGACCAUGAUCUUUACCCACCAAACA